AUGGACCAAUUGGUUCUUCAUACGACAACCACUGCGUCGAGCCAUCCUGAGAUGUCAAUCUCAAUAGUCUGGUGCUCGGAAAGUCUAAUCACUAGUCGCCAGACCGACAACAUAAUUCUCAAGAAGAGCCCCGGGGCUUUAAAUGCAGAUGAGGAGACUGUGGAGUUCGAAGAGCUCGAAACGAUACGUUCCCAAAAGCUUGCCGAAGAUCGUUGGGCCCAAUAUCAUUGUCCUUUACCUCAUAUUGCUACAUACCAUGGCGAGAAGGACGAAUGUCUGUCCGUGCUUGUAGUCUCUGAAGAAGUCAUUGUUCUGAAUUUGUAG